GCAGGUGCGAUGGCCACAGCGGUUUUCUGGGACUCAGCACCAGCUCAGCUCCUCUUCCCUCCAGGCACAGCCACUCUGCUGUGCACCAUGCACGUCACCAGGCCCAAAUCUGCCAAGGGACAGAGGCCAAGCCUGAGCCACCGCCAGGGAAUGGAAGCCUGUCCGUGCCGUGUGCCAUCUUCCUCACCGGCAGCCUCUCCUCGGGAAUUGCUGAACAGCCGGAGAGCACCACUCACAAAACCGGCCUUCCCACCUGUCCAGGUGUCUCCUGAGAAAAUCCCAAAGCUCCUGCAGCAAGUGCCUUUGAAGAGCUCCUCGUCCCUGAACAAGUACCGGGUGCUCCCCUCCAUCAUCCGGAAGGGCGUAGGGAGCGGUGCCGUGGAAGCGUUGGCUGAACGGACCGACCGGCUGGAGGUGACUGAGGGGCAGGGGGAUGCUCCAAAAGCCAUCAAGACUUUUUCUGGAGAACAGGGAUCUGCCAGCACAUUGUCAGGAAGUGACAUUCCCACUGAAGAGAGCUCCCACAUGCACUGUGCCCCUGAGCAGUGGGGAAGGCGAGCGAGGCAGGAGAGCCCUCGGGUGUUCCCUGGAAGCCUGGAAGAGCCACACGUGCUGCUUGCUGUCCGAUCUCCCUCUGGGCAGAGGUUUGAGCACCACUUCAAGCCCUCUGACAGUCUCCAGACGGUUCUUGCUGUGGCAGGACAGAAAUUGUUGGCCAACUACCAACAGUGCAGCGUUGAAACCAUGGAGGUGCCCCGGAGGAGCUUCUCUGACCUUACAAAAUCCCUUCAGGAGUGCGGGAUCCUCCCCAAGUCUGUGCUGUGCAUCCGACAGGACGAGCAGCAUGAUGCAGCAGAUCUUUAGGCACACAGAGAGAUGCUGUGGGUCCUUCUUCUUCCAAAAAACUGAGUCUGAUGCUUCCUGAAACCUACUUCUUUAUCUUCCAACUCCCACCAAAUACCGGUGAAGCAGUUAUGGAUAUGUAAUAGUAUUUGAAAUAAUAUUUCAGAAAAUAGUAUUUCAGGUGCAUAAACCUGAUUCAUACAGAGCAGCUUGUGUCACCUGUGCCAUCACAAAUUUCUGCCUCAGCACCACCAACCUUCAGUCUUUCUGGUUUGUUGAAGUUGCUGAUGUUCUUUGAACACUCAGGUUUCCAAGUCCUCUCCCCUUGUCCUUUUCUGUGUUUUGGGAAGUUAUCAGUUCUCUGAAUGCAGAAGCACCAUUUGGGAAGGUAGAAGCAGAGCUGGUUUAGCUACAGGAACACCUUCAGUAGCUUAUCUUUAUCCUAAACAUCUUCUCAAGAGACUGAAAAGGAGAUCAAACCCCAAAACCAUCUGGAAAUAGCAAUAUUAACACGUUAAUGAGUUAUUGUGAAGUAUUAAAUUGCAACACUGAUCAUAAAAUACCUGUGAGGGCUCAGGUGUAACCUCAGUCCAGCUCUUAACUUUGACUAAAUCAUCUUUUUAAGAACAAAUAAUUAUUAUUUUGGUUGUCUUGAGGAGCAGCAGGAUUUUCUCUUGAGUUUUCCUCCUCUUAUUCAGCUCAUGUGAUCCACAGGUAAGAAGAGAUGGAUAGUUAAGAAGAGAUGUUAGAGAUAAUUCCAUUUAACCCCUCUGCACUACAGGGAGUUAGUCCAAGGAGCAAGUACUGCUUUGGGAAUUUUUAAAUAAGGUAUUAAUGGGAUUUGACUGGGAAUUAGCUCAAGGACUAAGCCAUCUUUUACUAAACCAUCAUUAAAAGGCUGGUUGGGUGACUAACCAGGUUUAGGCUAACACAAUGUGCUUGUGCUAAAAUAUGAAAAAUAUCUUCUAGUUUCUAAUGGAAUUUCAAAAGCAGUGAUUUUUAAUCUCCUUUAAAAAUGGACCACUUGCCACACAGAUGGACUGACUUUAAAUGUUUUGAGGUAAACCAAAUUUAUUUUGAAGCUCAGUGUAACUGCUAAAACAGCACAGGAGCACAAACACAACAGGAACAGAAAGCUGAUUGCUGGUGCUGGCUGUGAGUGUGGUAC